GCCACAAACUGAUGGCGAUGGCAAUCCAAUUGCUUUCAACAUUCAACAAUUCCACGCCAGCUGUUUUCGAAAAUCCCCACCCUCCUCAUGUGCUUUGUCUUUCUUCUUUCCUUGGCUCUCAUUUUUAUAUUGCUUCUCUCUAUUUUCCACACACCCCACCUCCCCCACUUCCUCCACUUCCCUUGUGGUCUUCUCAUCCACCCAUUUCUCUUUCCCCCUCCAUUUAUCUGGUAAUCUUUUAUUGAUUCCUUCCAGUUUCUAUUCAGCUGGUGUGUUGUUUGUGUUUUAUUGAUGAUUUUGUGAUUUGGGUUUGUUUCGUUUGCGUGGUCUUGUUUGAGAAUUGGGUACUAGGAGGAGAUAAAAGGAUUUUUCUUGGAUUUGGCUAUGUGAUCGGGCUGCAGUGGUGGGAUUGAAAUUGCUCUUGAAAAGGGUAUUUUUCAUUGCUUUUUAUCUCGUUCUCAACCAUGGAAAUUCGCAGUAUUGAUGCGGAACCAAGUCCUUUUUUGAGUUUGACUUCUGCCUUCUCAUAUGGGGUUGCUUCAAUGGCCAUGGUGUUCAUCAACAAGGCAGUUCUCAUGCAGUAUUCAUCCUCGAUGACCCUUCUCACUGUUCAGCAAUUGGCGACAGCCUUGCUAAUACACUUUGGUCGAGUGAUGGGUUACACAAGAGCUAGAGGGAUAAAUAUGGCUAGUGCAAAACGGCUUUUCCUUGUUUCACUAUUCUAUAAUGCAAAUGUGGCAUUUGCUUUGGCAAGCUUGAAAGGAGUUAAUAUUCCAAUGUAUAUUGCAAUUAAAAGACUUACACCUCUUGCUGUACUGAUAGCUGGAUUUUUUUCGGGAAAGGGGAGGCCCUCAACACAGGUAUCACUUUCAGUAAUUUUGACUGCUGCUGGUGUUAUCAUAGCUGCGUUGGGAGACUUUUCCUUUGACCUUUUCGGAUAUAGCAUGGCCCUUACUUCUGUUCUCUUCCAGACCAUGUACCUUGUGUUGGUGGAGAAGUCUGGUGCAGAGGAUGGGCAUUCAUCAGUUGAGAUCAUGUUUUACAACAGUUUUUUGUCUCUUCCAUUUCUAUUAUUUCUCAUCAUAGCUACUGGAGAAUUUCCAAAUUCUUUGUCAUUAUUAGUUGCAAAGAGUAAUUCAUUAUCAUUUUUGGUGAUCCUUAUUCUUUCGUUGGUGAUGGGUAUAGCUCUGAACUACACGAUGUUCUUAUGUACAAUAGUCAAUUCUGCUCUAACAACAACCAUUGUUGGAGUCCUCAAGGGGGUUGGGUCCACGACCCUUGGUUUUGUCUUACUGGGUGGAGUGAAGGUACAUGCAUUGAAUGUGACUGGAUUGGUUAUCAACACGGCUGGUGGUGUGUGGUAUUCAUAUGCCAAAUAUCAGCAAAAGAAGAGCAAGCCACCAAAGCUAAUGUCUGAUUUGGAGGCUCAUAGGAAAUGAAAUCAAUAAUAGAGGAUUUCAGGUGGUUACUAAUUCUUGGUUCUUUAAGUCCAUCUCUAUGAAUUGUAUCAUUCAUUAAUGAAGUAAUAAACAUGUCUUUCAUUUCAUAAUGAUCUCUUGAUAGUUCCUUAAACAUGAUUUAAUACAAGACAUCGCCCUUUACACGACAAGAGUGACACAUUCAAAAAGUUGGUCAAAUAGAAUUAUGAUGACAACUGUUAAUUGUUGUAGAUGAUGGGGAUUUGUAUCUAAUGACUGUCUUGGUGGAGUCUGAUGUUUCCUUCCAAGUAUAGUCACAAGAGUUGCCAUUAUAACAAACAACUUCAAAUUGGGUGCUCAAA